AUGGCCAUGCCCAUUCAGCCAUGGAGAAGACGUUUGCCUACUGCAAGACUACUCCUGCGUCCUUGGCUUAGUUAUAAGCGAAGUGCAACUGGGCGCAAAUUGGGAAUUAAGAAUUUCCAUAGGCUCAUUGUGGAUAUUAUCCUGAUGAUCAAAGUAUGCAAGUGUUUCCGGUUUGGCCUGAAGGGAUUCUCAGGAUUUCACCUGAUAGAGAAGGAUUGUCGCGGGGAGAUUGAAACAGACAAGACAGGCUCCAAUAUUGUGUUUGACCGGCAUGAGUUCAGCGUUUCAAAGGAUCAUUUUCCUUUUAGCGCAAUCCAAAUAACGAAGAAGCCACCGGCGUGGAGGACUGAUCUAGAAGUAAGACACUUACGAAACCGCUUGCAGCUUCUGGAAAGUUUCCGACAGUAUAGUCCAACUCUGCAAAACCUUCUGGCCAAAGUAGUCCGCUUUGAACGGUUUGGGCGCAGGAGAGUGAUCAUCAAGAAGGGGCAAUGGGGAGACAGCUUCUACUUCAUCAAUUUUGGUACGGUUGCUAUCACUGAUGAUGAGGAUGGAAGCAGCGCCUUUGUGGAAGCAGACCCAACUACACUUCGGAGGGGAGCUUCUUUUGGAGAAGUUGCCCUUUUACAAAGAAAAAGGAGAUUUUUCACUAUUGUCUGUAUGGAGGAAACCGAACUGCUGGUGGUGGAUAAAAAGGAUUUUUUUGCCUAUAAGCUGGACAAGGAAAUUCAACGAGAAUUCAAAAAUCGAUAUGAAUUUUUCAGAACGCUGGAACUUUUUGAAACCUUGUCUGAUGCCUCAAUAGAGAAAAUAGCCAAUAUGUGCAAAGUAGAGAGGUUUCACUAUGGACAGGUGAUUGCCAAUGACCUUGCAGAAUCCUCCAACAUGAUAUUUAUUACAAAGGGCAUCACUGAGGUUUUGCGACUGGUUAACCUCACCACUUGCCCUUCUUAUCAAAAAUGGCUCGCGAAACAACUGUGUUUUCCCAAACGCAAACUGCAGAUGAGAGAAAGGCACCGUAUGGCUGCUGAGAUUGCCUGUGUUGACAGAUUCAAAAGCACCAUGUGGAACUCUUACUCUCAACAUAGAAUGAGCGAGCUGAAAGACUAUUACCUUCAGCAGCAAGAUAAAGUAUAUGAAGGCUACGAAAGACAACGUUCUCUCUUCAGCAAGAGUCACAAAAGUGUGGUGAUGAAGGUGAACAUGGGUGAGAAGAGUCCAGCAUGUGACCUGCAGCAGGAGGAGUCGGAGAUAGUUCAAAGGGUUAUAUCAGGACUGUAUGAAAAGAAAUUAACGUAUUCUACUUCCUAUGGAAAUAUGCCAACUUCUGCGGCUGCGGCUGUAUAUAUCAGGAUGGAUGAACUUCGUAAAGGGGAAUUCAUAGUAAAUUUGCAAGAUAACCGCACUAUGGUUAUGGUCAGUCAAGGAGCUGAGAUCAUCCGUUUUAGAAAAGACAAGAUUGAGGAGUAUGCUGAUGAUGUCACAGUGCUGAAGUUAAGCAAAAUAAAGAUUAAAUAUCCCAGCGAUGACGAGCUGUGUCAGGUCUUCCUCCGACACAACUCCUGGGAAAUGUUCAAGAAAGAUCUGCUGAAACUCGUAAUACAGCCCAAGCUGAUGAAGAUGGUUCAUCCUCCAGAUCCGUGUCCCACGGAUGAAAUCUACAACUAUUGGUCCAUGAAUCGGGCGGGUAUCUUGGACCUGUCUGCCUUACGCUACAAGAAACAGCUUCCGCCACAGGAAGGCAAAUACGUUCCCGCCCAGUUGAACCAGAGGAGAGAGAUCCUACCAGACAUUCAGCCAAGACUGAUUCAUGGCAUCUCGGUAGUGCGUUCCAAUUUGGAUGGUGCAUUUUAGUGAGUUCCAAAGCUUUUGAUUUACAGGUUAGC